AUGUUUAAAUAUAUACAGGAUCACCCCCAUGGAAUUUGCCUGCUUGUUAGUCUUGUAUUUGUAUUUAUAGAAAUGAAUAAAAAAAAUAAUAAUUUUAUAUCAUUUUAUUUAUUGAGUUAUAUUUCAGGGGUAUGCUUUAAUAAAAUAUGCAAAUUUAAUAUUAAGGACAUAAAAUGUGUAGACUUGUUUUUAAAAAAAAUUUUAGCCUAUACAUUGUGUAUAUCACUCAUGAUAACUUUUUCAUUUAUUAAUAAAAAAAAAAAAAAAAAAAAAAAAGAGAAAGAAAAAAAAUAUAUAGCUAGCUGGCUAAUAGACACAAAAAAUAAAAUUAUAUAUAGUGAAGAAAAAAAAAAUAUAAUAAAUAAACUAUUAAUUCAAAGUCGAUUUGUGUAUUUUGGUAUUGCUUUUAUAUUUGGUAUUAUUGGGACGAUUGUUGGGGGUAUAAUAUCAUACUAUACAAUAAAAAUAAUAUUUAAUAUAAAUAAUACAAAAAAUAAGGAUACAUAUUUGAAAAAAAGUAUGUGUUGUUUUAUUUCUACCUACAUAGGUGGUCAUAUUAAUUUAAUAGAAAUUGCAGAAUUAUUAAAACUAAAUAAUUUAGAAAAAAAUAGCAUAUUCAUAUUGGAUGAUUUUUUCACAAAUUUAUUUCUUAUGAUAUUGCCAUUAUUUAAGAAAUAUUCAAACUUGUUGUCUUUUCCAAAUAAUAAAAAUUUACAAAAAUUGGUAACUACCCAAAUCCAGCAAAAUAAAAAAAAAAACGAUGUUCUAAAUUCUCAGAGUCACAAUGAUGAAACAAGGAGGCUUGUAUUAUAUGGACAUAAAGAAAUCACAUAUGGCUCUUUUAUAUAUAACAAUGAAAAUAAUAUUUUUGAAAAAAAUAUAAUAAAAAAUAUAAAUAACGAGCAUAAUUUUGUAUAUAACAUGUUUGGAAAAAUAUUAUAUGACAUCUUAUCCAUAAUGCUCAUAAUAAUUUUAACAGAAAAAAUAUUAAUACAUUAUGAAUUGCUACACAAAAUUAUUGAUUUAUACAUAAUGAAUGUAGUAAAAAUCAAAGCAUUACUUUUGUUUUCCAUUAUAUUUAUAUAUUUAUUUUUCAUAGAUUAUAUAAUUCAGACAAUAAGUGAUAUCACUAGCUAUUGUGAUUGCAAAACGAAUAAGCUAAUCAUAUGCACACAAAAAAUAAUAGAAAUAAUCAGUCAUAUAUAUUUUAGAUCAAUAGAAUAUUAUUCGACAGUUUUAAAUUUUUUAUUUAUUUAUUAUUUAUUUUUUUUGGGAAUUUUAAUUAAUAUAAAUAGUUUAUUUGCAAUUGCCAAACCAUUGGCAGGACUAGUAAUAUCUAUGUUAAUUAUCCAUUUAUUUUGUGUGUUUUUUUUAUCAUAUAUAUAUAAUAAUUUUUGCUCAAAAAAUGAAAACUCAGCUAUUCAUAUUGAUGAAAUCCUAUUAGCUAUUAAUGCAAAUAUUGGAGGCCCAACUACAGCUACUAUUAUGUCUGAAAUGUUUAAAAGACACGAUUUAACUUUUGUAUCUACCGUAUGGGGAAUUAUUGGCUAUUUUAUAGCAACAGACAUAUCGAUGAUUAUUUAUCAACACCUAUGA